AUGGAAAAUUGGAACCACAUUCAAGGUCAAAGACAAAUUAUUGAACCUCCACCAGAAUUACCAAUUUAUAAAGUACCCUCAAAAUCACCUCACAAAGAGGUUGCUGGUAAGAGAUUUGUCAACAAGGUUAAAGGGUGGUUUUCCGGCGGCCGCCGAAAUGAUGAUUGGUACUCGUUUCCUGAAUAUUUAGCUCAUGGAAGAUUGCAAAAGGGGGAAUCUGCUCAUGAAGAUAGUUAUUCAAGACAUGAACUGCACGAAAUAGGCGAGAGUGAGGAAGAUGAUCCUCAUGGUAAUUCUCAAAGGUUAGUAGUCCAGGAAAGUGCAAAAACAUUUUUAACAGGCAAUAAUAUCUAUGCAAAUCACAUACCACAAUUUCCGGCAAAAGGGCGUCUAGAGAACCAUUAUUUGGCAAGAAAGAAAUCAUUGCCAGAUAUGAAUAUUGUCUCUAAUCCAUCAUCCUCGCUAGAGUUCAAGAAAAGGCCAAUGUCUUUGGUGGUAAAUGAACCACAAAAAAUGAGUGUCCUCACAACUUCAUAUCUUCAGUCCAGGAAUGUUACGCUUCACAAGAUCUCCAGGAGAUUAAAUUCAAUUGGUAACAAGAAGCUGGAAUGUGCCAAACUUACCAAGAAACUUCUCAAAGAUUUAACAAUUUGGGGUGAAAAGACAACUUCUGAUAAUAUUGAUGUCACUGAAUUAGUAGAGGAGUUAUAUGAAUUAUUCCAAAAAAGAUAUGUUGUUGGAACAAAAAUAUCUGAAAGGCUCAAAGUUUUGACCAACGAGCUCGAGUUCAUUGGUAAAAGAGAAAAUGAAAUGGCAGAAGAGAAGAGACAUCUAUUAGCGGCUUUGAAAAAAUACGAUUAUUGCAAAGAAAGAAGGGGAGAGAAUGAUGAGGAGAGUAAUUUGUUCAAAGAAAGAGUAAUGGCUCAUGAAAAAUCAUAUGAGACAUAUCAAUUAAAUUAUCAAUAUGCUGUCUCAGUAAGCGCGAGGCAGCUAUUCAAGGAAGUCGCGAUUGAAUACUACGAAAGGACUUCAGAUUUGAAAGAAAAUAGUGGAGCUUUUCUGCUAAAUGCAUUGAAGACUUUAGAAAAUACUCACAAUAAUGAAGUAUUUCUCAAGGACCUUGAUAAAUUGAGGAUGUUGAGGGCCGAGAGAAAUUGGACUAGGUUGAAGCCUGAACAGAGAAAUAACCCACAAAAUUGGGUAGAUCUGGUUAGCGGUAAGCACGAUAAUGAUGACACUUUGAUGAAAAAGGUCUACGAGGGUUUGCCAAUUGCUUACACUCCAAUGCCAGAAGUUUCGCCAGCAAAGACACCGCAUUUGGAUUUGCGAACCGGAUUAGAAGAGAGUUUCUCAGGUAUUAAAAGUGAUCGUUUCAAUCCCAUUACAAGUAACGAGUUUUUCCUCGAUAGAUCACCUUCAAAGAAUGAAGACGACCAGGACGAAUCGAAUUACGAGACCGUGAGACCAGAUAGGAUUGAAGAAAAGGUGGAAGAGGACACGAUCCCAAGAAGCCUUAACCCUAAUGUCUUAAAAGAUGAUCGAAAUAAAAUUCCGAGUCUAAGGACACAUUUGAAGGACAAUACGCUUCAAAAGAAGAUAGAAGUCAAGGAUAAGAGUCCUAAAGGACUCACUGAAAUUGAGAAGUCCAAACAUGGUUUUCUUGUAAAUUUUGGUGAAAUGUCAAGACAGUUUAAGGACGCCGAGCAAUACUUACAGGAAAACAAAUGGACUGAACCGUCCGCAUAG